UCUGUUUGAUGCUCUUGAUGGGAGAAUGGAAACCUCCAACUGUUGUCUGUGCUGAAGAACAGGGUACACAGAGUUGUGCCUACCAUCAGUUCCACUCAUUCUGGGUCCCCCAGUUGAGUGACUAGUCACAUACAUGCAAGCAGGAGACAUGUGGCUUUUUCCCUCUGGGGCUCAACAUGUAUACCAUAUUUCACUAGAUAUGGUGAAAGAAGGAAAAUAAGAAAUUGUGCCCUUACAGCAAGUUUGAAGUGACAGAUAAUCUGGUAGAGAGUUUCAAGAGAUAGUGAAGGUUAUAGGCUAUGAGUAUCAACCACUGGGAAAGAGAAGAAAAUGAUGGGGGUUAUUUAUCACUGGAAUUACAUGUUUAGAUACCUGUGUCUUAGAGAAGAAUAUGCCUCUGGUGUGUAAGUUGAAUUGGAGGGAAUGUACAGCUGGUUGAUAGACCAGAUGAGAAGCUAGUCCUGUUCCAGGACUAUUCUAAAGAUAUUUAACAUUUUUACUGAGUAGUUACUACUAUGUUCCAGGCACUGUGCCAAAUGCUUUGUGUUUGUUCACUCAUUUAUUUCCUAUGAUGCAAGAAUGGUUACCAACUACUCUACCUUAUACAUGAAGAAACUAGGGAAGAGAGUGAUUUAGCAACAUGCCCAAGGGCACAUAGGUAGUACAUAAUGGAGGGCUUCAAAUUAGGAAGUGUCUAGGAGAAGAAAAAGGAAGUAAAUGAGAGAGAAACACAAAGGAAACUUGAACAAGUAGAAGGUGGAUGCCCUAGGCUCUGUCAUAAACACCUGGAUUCCAGCUGGGACUUGGAUUUGCUGGGGACACUAGCCAGAGAGACGGGACCAUGUGGCUGUCCCCAGCUCUGCUCCUUCUCUGCCUCUCAGGCUCUUUGUCCCUGACGGGCCCCAGCUCUGUGACAGGCACCUUGGGUGGCUCUCUGAGUGUGCAGUGUCAGUAUGAGGAAGAGUACCAGAGUUAUAAAAAAUACUGGUGCCGAGGGCAGAAUGAGGGCACAUGUGACAAUAUUGUGGAGACCCAGGGAGAAGUGAAAGAAAAGAAUGGUCGCGUGUCCAUCAGAGACCAUGCUGAUCGCCUCACCUUCAUCGUGACCAUGGAGAACCUCACUGCAGACGAUGCUGGAUCCUACUGGUGUAGAGUUCGGAAAACAUGGUACCUGGGCUUCUGGUCAUCUGGCACUUCAGUCCAGGUUAAGGUGUCUGUUUCCCCAGCACCAAGUAAAACCGCAGAGGAGACCACAUGUCAAGCUGCAUCUGACAUCUUUCCGGGGCUGAGUACCAAGCAGAACUUCAGUGCUGAGGAAGUGUUGACCCACUGCUCGGGGUCCUCAACCAGCAGUGUCCACUUGCUGCUCCUGGUCUUCCUGAAGCUGCCCCUGUUCUUGACAUUGGUGGGUGCUGUCCUCUGGGUGAACAGGCCUCUGAAGGGCCCUGGAGGAAGUCAGCCUGACAAAGAGAAGCCAUCACGUAGUGCACCGUCCCCAGGAAAGCCCUGUCCAGGAAUACAGCCCUUCAGACCAGAUAGAAGAGACCUUCAGACUCUGGACUCCAGGGCAGGGGGGCAGCAGUGCCUGGAUUCUGGAGGCACCUAAGUCUUCUGGAGAUAUUGUUCCUGUGUCUCAAGGGAGAAUCCUGGGUAUUGGAUGACACUUGCUGCAAGUGCUUAGGUGCAGGAAGGAUGAGUCUCCUGAGUCAGUGUUUGGGGUCCUCCUCUGUCUAUCCCAGAUCCCUUGGCCCCUUGCUCUUAUGCUUACCUCUCAAGGGCAAGAAUUCUCUAGAGGUUACUGGAAAGUCCAGCCCUUUACUCUUUUCAUUGCCACAAAAGCUCCUCAGCUCAGUGUCUCCCAGGGUAAUAACCAUCUCCUCCCCGUAGCCAGGAGGCUCCCUGAGGACUUACCCCUCAUAGUCUCAGUCUUUGGGCUCAACAGGGCUUCAACCUCACUUGUGUCCCUGUGAUCAGGGAAUGUACGCUGUGCUCAAACAUCUCUGCCUGGGCCGGCCAUGACUGACGAGCUUUCGGUUAAAGCCCUGGAGCUGGUUGGAGCUGCAGUGGGUGCCCCCAAUAUCACUCCCAGAAUUCUCUACCCUGGUGGGCCUCCUGCACACAGGGCUGGUGGACAGUCCACUGUAGCAGAAGUGUGGCUGAAGCCACCUGUCAACAGUUGGUGCUUUCCAUAGGAGAAGCAGUUUUCUAAAGACAAGGACACAGAGGUGAGGAGUACCUCCCCACAUCAGGUUGACAUGAUGCCACAGCCACCACGGGGCACACCAGCCCUGGAAAGGGCUCUGUUGGGUUUGAAUGCUUGUCAACGGCUCCUUCCCUGAAGUUUGCAGCGAGGCGCACAGUCUAUUAUAAGCACGUGUCACCAUCUUCACUCAACUCUUUGUGUGUGGAGCAGCCCUCUCGUCUCCACCAAGCCCAAGCCUUCCCUGGGCUAGUGAUGCCAGUUUCCAGAAAACACUCCAAGCUCUGGAACACUAAGUUUGCAGGCAGGGCCGCCACACUCAGAACCUGAACCCUGGCGUGGCUCCCACAAGGGCAGGGCCAUUGGAGGAGAGCUGGGACUGGCCCAGGACUCCGCUGAAGGAGAAAUUCAGCCAGGGAGGCACAUCCAGACCUUAUUAAUAAAACACAGGGCGGUGUAGGAAGCACAAUGAUGGGCAAGAAAUAAGCUUAUGAUGUACUUUAUUCUGUUCCAAAAUUAUUUCAAGCAUUCUCGUUUCUUCACUUUCCAGAUAAAUUUUCAAGUAAACUUGUGUAUGAUCGGAAUCGUAUUAAACUUAUAGAUCAAUACUGGGAA